UCGCGUUCUCCGUUCAAAUAAACGCGCGAAUACCUAUUCGAAUUUCGAUGAAAAUUUUAUCGUACUGUUAGUGUUGUGCGCGAGUGUUUUGUGGAAAUAACUAUUUGAAUAAUUUGAUUUUAGUGUUGUGUGUCUAUGUGGAUUUUCUUUUUUUUAAUCAGCGACUUCCGUUUUGGAUGUAAUUCUGAUAAACUACAUACUUGGAACGAUCCACGAUGAUACUAUAACACCUCUCAAGCUAAACAGAUUGAAGAAGAUCCCGUUCAAACCGUUUUACGGAUGAGGUGACAAUGGAGGCUUCCUCAUCAGAUUACAGUGAUGAAGAAGUGGGGGUGCUCGCGAGGGGGCAGAAACUCUGGGUGAGAGGAGUCAGGCCUCACACUACCUGCGCAGACAUCGUCAGGGCAUUACAGGAUGCCCCAGAAGCUGGAGGACUUAGUGACAACGGCGAAUGGGUGUUGGCAGAAAGGUGGCGUGGAGUUGAACGGCCCCUGCCUCCAGAUGUGCCCGUCUUGAACGUUCUGGCCGCUUGGGGCGAUGCCAGGCAUGAGGUUCGACUGUCACUCCGUCGAGUGUCCAGCGGUGGAGAAGAAGACUCAGGUAGAGACAGCGACUCAGGCAGCCGUACAGGAGCCAGAAGACGACGUAGACGAGGACUCAGGACUUCUACUCCCCCUCCGAGAGCCAAGAGCGAAGAUCCAGCUGCAAGGCUGGUGUCAGUGAUACAGCACCAGAGCAAGACCAUACAUCAACAGCUGGAUAAGUUACGAGAACAAGAGAAGCUUAUCGACCAUCUAGAAGACCAAACACACAAGAAUCGAAUGGAGAAACACGGCACGAACUAUCUAUUGGAAUCCUAUCUUAGAGACCUUGGAAGAUGUAGUGAAGUUAACGACAGCCAAGCUGGGAACAGUGACAGCGGCGUAGGAGUAGGCAGUGGGACCCCACCGAGAAGACACACCAAACACAAAUCCAGAAGAGAACGACAUUUAAUGAGAGAACACUAUUUCACUAAAGAACUCACAGAUAUCUGCCAAGUAAACUCUGAAAGACUGAUGCAAACUAGUAACGAUACAGAUUCGGAUGCAUCAGCUGACGAAUUGACACGGAUACGAGAAGAAAUCGAACUGUUAGAGAAGAUGGCGAUUAUAAACAAAAGACUGCACCGGGAAGAGGAAUUAGUCGUACGGUUGACGGCGAAAGUGAAGCGAUACAUGGACGAGAAUAAAGCUAAUAGUUGCGAGAAUGUUACUCAAGCAGCCAUGUUGAUUGAUAAGAUAGAAGAAGAAAUAGCAUCCACGACGAAAGAGAUGCAAAAUAACGCGAUGGAAUUAGAAAGAGCGGAUAAGGAGAUAGAGAUCAGACUAAAGUUACUUGAUGAGUUGACGUUAGAGUUGGAAGAGGAGGAAUUGCAGAAUGAGGUUUUGGAGCGGCAACUGAACGAAACGUCAAGUCGCCAGCCGAUUCUGUUGCAAGAUAGCUAUGUACCUGUUUUAGAACAAGCAAACCAGAUUUACGGCGUUGGUUAUGCAUUAGACACUCUCGUAUGACAUACGAUGAAACUCCGAUUUGUUCCAAAGAUUUUUUGACAAAUUACCAAUUGAUUAGGUCAAGAAGUAUCAGUACUAAAAAUACAUUAAAUUGUUAAACUAUUAAGAAAGGCUUGUACACAUUUUGUAUUUUAUAUCUGUUCUUUUUAUCUACUUUAAAAACUGGUGGAAACCGACCAAUCCGAUUCCAAAACGCCCCAAAACAUGUUCAAUGUUAUUAAUAUACGUAACUUUAGUAAUGUAAAUAAUGUAACUAAGACAAUAAUCUUGGUGCUAAGAUAUAUUUAAGUAUAAUAUUUUUAUUUUAAGCACGUAUUAAAAUUG